AUGUCGCAGGGCAAGCACAAGAAGAAUGCUUCCAAAGAAGCAAAACUUAAAUUCUUCACGCAGAAACCCAGCCAAACGGCUCUGCACGUGCAGGCAACAACCCGGGAUGGCGGAGGCUCCUCGGACGAGGGCAGCUCAUCCCCUGAGACAGGGGAACCAACCCUAAACACUGCCUUAACCAAGCGGCACCUACAAGAAGCCAUGGAGGCACUGUCAGCACGACUGAUUCAGUCAUGGACCUCCAGCGUGGACACGCUCCGCAAGGACAUCCUAGACCUGGGCGCAAGAACUACCCGCACUGAAACAAAAAUGGCGGAAUACGCCACAGCUCACAAUGAGCUGGCGGAACAGGUCUCCCACUUACAGCACACCAUCGAAACCAUGGAAAUAAAAUUAAUGGAUGCAGAGGACAGAUCAAGGCGGAACAACCUCCGCUUAAGGGGGAUACCAGAGGCCGUUCUCCAGGACGACUUACCCAGAUACGUUCGAGACCUCUUCAACGUGAUAGCACCGGACAUCCCCUCCGAUAUGCUGCUUCUGGACCGCGUCCAUAGGAUCCCGAAACCAAAACACCUGCCACCAUCCACACCGAGAGACGUGCUAUUGCGCGCCCAUUAUUUCCAUGUAAAAGAAAUAAUAUUGAAAUCUAGCCGCACAACACACCUGCCAACUGAAUUUGCAGGCAUCAGGAUCUUCGCAGAUCUAUCCCAAGCGACCCUGAAAAAAAGAAAAACGUUCCAGCAGGUGACAACAACUCUCAGGGACCACAACAUCAGGUACCGGUGGGGCUACCCCACAAAACUCCUUGUGUGGAGAAAUGGCGAAUUCAGCCCUCUGACCACGCCAGCAGAUGGAAUGAAGACACUAAAAGCAUGGGGCCUACAGCUUUCCCAAGCAGGACGCCAGCCACCCCUACCUGUAUCUACCAAAGUAACCCAGGACUGGAAAAAAGCCUAA